AUGUCGUCAACCUUCUACUCGACCUCGGCGCCAGCCGAAGAGCCACCUGCCUCCGUCAAGCCCCCCGGAACCCUGGCCCUGCCAGACGUGUCGCACACGCACUCUACACAGCUGGACAUGAGCCACGGCGACACAUCCGUGAAGCUGGACCAGCUAGGGCCGAUGGUGGUCAACGCCGACGGGACCCUGAGUCGGAUCUCGAAUUGGGAGAAGAUGGCAGAUGUUGAGAAGGAGGCGACUGUCAGGAUUAUUGCGAAGAGAAAUCAGGCUAGGCUGAAGGCCCUGAGAGAGAACGGGAAGGAAGGGCUGAAGGAGGAUGGGAAGUCUGGCGAGAGAGGUCUACCCCUACAUGGUGCAGCAGAGUCACGCCAUGCCACAUGGGUUCACGGAUGA